AUAAAAAUAUAAUAAGGUUAGUGUAUCGUUUAAAAGCAAUGAGUAACAUAGAAGACUUUAUGACAGAUAUUUAUAACACUUUAGUACAAAUAAGAUACCCAAAAAUUACAACAGCUGUAGCAAAAGAUGUAGAAUUAACAAUUCUCAAUGGAGAAAAUCGACUUUCAUUAUUAUCUUGGCUUUUGGCUGAACAGUCUCCCUCACUAGCUACAAAGUUAAAAAAGUUAAAAGGCACUGCUUUAGAAGUAGAGUUAUUAAAAUCUUAUUCUGAAAUUGGGAUUUGCAGUGAUAAGAAGUUAUUAUUGGGAGAUUGUCCAUUGGAGGAACAACUUUCAACUUUAAGAUUAUUAUUGGAUUUUAUUAAAUGUGUAUUCAUUGAGUCUUUUGAUACCGAUUAUAAUGAAAAAGAAUCCAUUGAUAACAUAUUAAAUGUCUAUAUUAAUGAAGAUCCAAAUACAUUUGCAUGUACUAUUGAACCAAAAUUAAAUUAUUCUGAAUCUAUUCAAUAUUUUGAUAAUUUACAAAAGUAUCUAAAUGAAUAUGAAGAAUUAUCAUCUACUUGUAAGUCUGAAGGAGAAGAAUACUUAACGGAAUAUAUUUCAGAAGAGACACAAAAACAAAGUAAUUUAGUUGAACAAGAUUUGUUAUUUAAUGAAGAGAAAAAGAAAUUUAUAGAAGAAUUUUCAUCAAUUGAAUCAUGGUCAACAUUUAAUGCAGAAAAUAUGAAGAAUAAUUUAUAUUCCAUGGAUGCUGAUAUUAGUAAUAUAUAUUCAAAUUUUUCUUCGUUAACACAGUUUCUACAAGCAAAGGAAGAAAUAUCAAAUGCCAAUAUACCAAAAGAAAUAAAUAAGUUAAAUACACCAUUGAAUGAAAUUGUUGAAAAUAGUGUUACACACACUGAAGGAACUAGAAAUUUUUACAUGGAUAUUUAUUAA